UUAUAAUAUAAGCUGCUAAGAUGAUACGUCGUGUGUAGCAUCACCAGUGUAGUGGUAAAAUUAGUAGUGCGCACGCGUCUUGCAGACAGUUCAAAAUGUUACGAUACAAAUUGUUUACUUCUAUUUUAUUCGUCUCUAUGGUGACUAUCUCCCAUUCGCAACGGGACAAUAAGUAUUUUCGCAAAGACUACACAUACAUUGAAGCGACUGACAGCUUUUACAAGAUGCACACGAUUCACAAAACCUGGGAAAAUGCCAAAGACCUGUGUGCCAUGGAAGGUGCCACUUUAUUCUACCCUGAAAAUCAGGAAGAGGCAGAUGCUGUGUCGCUAUACUGGAACGCAACACAACCCUUCCCUCACAUAUUCAUCGGAGCAUCCAGCUUGAUAGCUAAGGGAAUCUUCGAAACUGUUGAUGGCCAGCUGAUAUCAGACGUGUACUCCAACUGGGCUCCUGGUGAACCAAACGACUCAUCCGGCAACGAGGACUGCGUGAGCAUGAACAAAGACCAGACCUUGAAUGAUCUCAGCUGCGAGCACAAAAGCCCUUUCGUUUGCAAGAAAACGCUUGACUCUUUGGACUGGAACACGAAGUGUGACAUACCAUAUUUAGACUAUGAAUUCGACGAGACUCUGGGCAAGUGCUACAAGUUCUACUCUGAACCAAGGACAUGGCGUGAUGCGUACGUAGCCUGCAGCGCAGAACUGUCAUACUUGGCCAUCAUUGACAGUCAAGCAGAGGCUGAUCAUCUGGCGAAAAUAACAACAGAUGCCCCUAAGGAAGACAGCCAGAAUGCCCUCGAAGAUACAGUGUUUCUGGGCUUCAACAAAUUGAGAAAAGGAUGGAAGACUAUUAAAGGCACAAAACUACAAAACAGUGGCUAUACCAAAUGGGGAGAUCAGCAACCUGAUGGUGGAGACAGUGAAUCAUGCGGUGGCAUGUCCUAUGACGGUCUCUUGAAGGACGCCAAGUGUGAAGACCAGAGCUAUUUUAUUUGCGAACAUGACGUGGCUACUUCUUACAACUUACAUGAGAGAUUCGGUGACUAGUGUUCACGGUGAUAUUUUAGUUAGCUAGUUCAAAUUAGUAGAGGAUACGUUUUGGACGCUCUUGCAUUUCUUAUUAGAUAAAUCUUUAAUUAUUAUAGAUAAUAAAAAUAUACUCAUUUAUCUGGCGAUAUUUUUUACUAGACAAGGUGUAUUAGGGUCAUCCUUAGGGUCAUCAGUGAUCAUGGUUACCCUAGGGCCUAGGGAAAUGAGAAACAAUAAAGAGCGGGAAAAAUGUACCAUACUCGUAGAAGACCAUUCAAUUACACAUUACUGACACAUUCCUUGUCCGUGUUAUAUCCUCUGAAUUGCUGAAAGAACUCAAAAUAAAAUUGAAAAUAGGGCAAGUUUAAAUAAAAUAGAUUUUAGGUCGAUAUAUUUUUAUUGAUUUACAGAAAUAUGGAUUCACACUUAAAUUUUAGAUCCUGGUUUACAAUGGAUAAUCAGUUACAGUCUUUUAAUAAUAUUUUAAGUCAUGAAACUAAUUCUACUUAUAAAUGAACCUAAAAACGAUAAAAGUUGUAGUAAGUACAGUAUUUUAUGUGUUUCAGUUUUAGAUUUUUUUCACCAAAACUGUGAAUCAAAACAGAGGGUCCAUAAUAUUCUGAGUAUAGUUGUUCCAAUUAUGUGUGGUGGCUCACUCUGUUCGUUUUUCAAAACUUUUGACAGACAUUACACUAUCGUUAUUUGCAUGUAUGUACA